AUGAAGCGGCCACUGAGCCCAUCCCCCCCAGUUGAGAAGGAGCCCCCCAUAUCUGGAGCUGCUGAAUGCCCCCCGAGGCCCCCAGAACCACCUAAGCCCAAGCGGGAAAGAAAACGGCCAUCAUACACGCUCUGUGACGUCUGCAACAUCCAGCUGAACUCGGCAGCCCAGGCCCAGGUGCACUGCGGGGGGCGGGCCCACCAGAGGCGGCUCCGGCAGCUCAGCUUGGGGAAGAUCCCCUCAGGGCCAGCAGGCCCGGCUUCCAGUGCCCCCAGCCCCCUGCUGGCCUCCCUGCCCCUGCCCUCCCGGCCUCUGCAGCCCCCGCUGGACUUCAAGCAUUUGCUGGCCUUCCACUUCAAUGGCGCCACCCCGCUCAGUCUCUUCCCCAACUUCAGCACGAUGGACCCAGUGCAGAAAGCUGUCAUCAGCCACACGUUUGGGGUCCCCUCCCCUCUCAAGAAGAAGCUCUUCAUUUCCUGCAAUAUCUGUCACCUGAGGUUCAACUCAGCGAACCAGGCCGAAGCACAUUACAAAGGCCACAAACAUGCCAGAAAACUCAAGGCUGUUGAAGCUGCCAAGAGUAAGCAGAGGCCACAAACCCUGGCCCAGGAUGGGGCAGUGGUGUCCCCAAUCCCAGCGCUGGCCAGUGGGGCCCCUGGAGAGCCAGAGAGCAAAGUGGUUCCCGUAGGUCUUCCUCUCGGCCCUUCAUUCCAGCCACCACUGACUCCAGACCCUGCACCCAGGGAGCCAGCACACGCAGACAUCUUGGAUGCUGCCUCCUCUUCCUCUUCUUCCUCCUGCCCACCUUGUUCCCCAGAGCCUGGGAGGGAGGCGCCAGGGCCCGAGCCAGCAGCAGCGGCUAUGGAAAGCAGCGUGAGUGGGGAAGGCAGGAGCGAGAAGGGGCGCCUCUACUGCCCCACAUGUAAGGUGACCGUGAACUCAGCCUCCCAACUUCAGGCUCACAACACAGGAGCCAAGCACCGAUGGAUGGUGGAGGGGCAGCGAGGGACUCCCCGCAGGGGCCGGGGCCGCCCAGUGCCCCGGGGAGGGGCUGGACACAAGGCCAGGAGAGUGACAGGUGGCCGGAGUGGCCGGCAGGGGCCCACCCCUCCUUUCCACUGUGCUCUCUGUCAGCUCCAGGUCAAUUCAGAGACUCAACUCAAACAGCACAUGAGCAGCAGGAGGCACAAAGACCGCCUGGCCGGGAAGCCCCUCAAGCCCUCCAGCCAGCACAGCAAGCUACAGAAGCAUGCGGCGCUGGCCGUGAGUAUCCUCAAGUCUAAACUGGCCUUGCAGAAGCAACUCACCAAGACGCUGGCAGCCCGUUUCCUACCCAGCCCACUCCCCACUGCAGCCACUGCCAUCUGUGCCCUGCCUGGGCCCCUGGCUCUCCGGCCUGCCCCUACAGCAGCCACUACCCUAUUUCCAGCUCCAAUUCUGGGCCCAGCUCUGUUUCGCACCCCAGCAGGAGCUGUUCGUCCUGCCACGGGACCCAUCGUCUUUGCCCCCUAUUAG